CAUUUCCGGUGAUAAUGUCUUUAUCUGUCAUAAUGCAAUUAGUUGUAGUAAACAUAUAUACGCAUUGUGUAUUAUAGUUAGUGUACAAUGAUAAUAGUAUGUACACAUGCUCCAAAGAGUUUGCUACUGGAUUAAUAUGCAACAGGAAGGAAAAUAUUGUGAGAAAAGGAUUGUUUAUCCCGAGGUUAAAAAAUACUAAAUACGUAGUGAGGAAGACAGAACAUAAAAAGGAGAACCUGUUGAGAUAUAAAAUUCCUUCAGCGCGAGACUUCAAACAUCGAUUCACAAAAUGACGGGGAACUUUACAAACAGUGAUAUGACAUUAGACGAUUUCAAUGAUGAGGAAACAGCUAAAAGAACAUCAGCAAUCGUUUAUUUAUCAGUUGUUAUGGCCUUGGGUAUUCCAGGAAAUUUACUAGUGAUUAUAGUGUACUUUGGUUCGCUCCGGCGAAGAGAUGGCACACAUUGGAUGUACAUCCGGGCUUUAGCAAUCACCGAUUUACUGGUGUGUACGGUCGCAAUACCAUUUGAAUUGUUCCAACAAACGCACCAGUUAACAUUUUAUUCUGCAGCAGGAUGUAGUAUCUUCAGAUCAAUAAGCGUACAUUUAUCCUUGACCUCAUCUCUUCUUUUAAUUGCGAUGUCAGGUAAUCGUCUAAGACGGGUAUGUCAACCUCUAAAAAAACAGCUAACUGUGAAACAAGGUUAUGUGACGAUCGCAAUCGUAUUUGGAAUUGCCGUGUUAUUUUGUUGGCCGGAAGGAGCACUAAGUGGAAUAAGCCUUGAAAACUUAGAUUAUAAUUUGACCGGAUAUGAUUGCAGUUUUUCUGACCGAUUUAGCGGGAAAGAUUACACUACAAUAUACAGCACUCUCCUGUUAACGGUUUAUAUUUCGUGUAUGCUUGCACUUGUUAUUAUAUAUUCAAUAGUUGGACGACAAGUGCUUAAACGAACAAAAUUUCAAAACUCGAAUCGAGCAAGUUGUACAAUACCACCUACUUCUGGUGCUACAGAGGUAACCUCAUAUGAACACCAUAGCACCGACACAAUUGAUGAUAAAAGUGAGUAUGUGGACGAUAAAAGAAUCACCAUUGAAAUAAUAAAACAUCCAGGAAUCACUGACAAUAUCGAUCAUAAGAAACAUAAAGGGAAGUGUAAGACAAAAAAGAAAACUUCGAAAAAGGUUACACGGAUUGCAUUUGCUAUUAGUUUCUGUUUUAUACUAAGUUACUUGCCAUAUGUAGCAGUAAAACUAAAUGCCUCCGUUGUAAAAGGUCGGUUUACACAAACACCGCUUACCAAAGCCAUAUUUCCAAUCCUCGCCAGAACAUUUAUCAUCAAUAAUAUCAUAAAUCCUGUUAUAUAUGGAUUUCUCGAUCCUACAUUUUUACAGCAUUGUAAGAUGACAAUUAGAUAUGUCCUAUGCAUGAAAUGUCAAAACUAAAUAUGUUGUGUUUGAAAUAUGAUCUGUACAUAAGACAUACCCACGUUUUUAUAGUAUAUAAAGUACAUGUAA